AUGGUUCUUUUCCUUUCAUGGACUCCCGUCACUCUUGUAUUCAUUUCUGACCGUGUUCCAGAUCAUUUCUAUCAGAGCCUCAAGCGAAUUGCUAGACUGUCAAGGAGAUGGUUUCUUGGACCGAUCCACCCUUUAAUGAACCUACUGCAGAAUGUACGCAAAAGUUUGGUGGAGAAUCUUCCCAAGAAUGCCCAUGAACUUGCCUGUGGGAGACUUUUCAUCUCCCUCACCCGGGUGUCUGAUGGACAGAACGUCCUGGUCUCUGACUUCACUUCCAACGAGGAACUUGUCCAGGCAUUGCUGUGUAGCUGUUUUGUUCCUAUUUACUGUGGGCUGAUCCCUCCAGCUUUCUGUGGUGUGCGAUAUGUUGACGGAGGGUUUACCAACAUGCAGCCUUCAGACGAUGCGAGAACCACCAUCACCAUUUCACCGUUUGCAGGAGAGAUGGAUAUUUGUCCCAGGAACACUGCUGACUGCUUCCUCAUCUGGUUUGGGAAAUGUAGCUUCGUGUUAUCGCCUGAGAACCUGCAUCGCGUUUCAUCCGCUCUCUUCCCACCUCAAUCUAAGAUUCUGCGGAGGUUUCUCUGGAAUGGUUAUCGUGAUGCCCUGCACUACUUGCUGCAGAAUGAGUAA